AUGAAAUCAUCUUUGAUUUUUCGAGAAGAAAACUCUAUAAGUUUUAAAAAUUUUCAAACUGAAGUUCGUGGACUUCUUGACGUGAAGCAUUUGAUUUGCGAUGCUGUUGUUCAUACGAACGUGGAAGAGAGCAACCUGCAAGAUAUAAUAAGAAACCUACUAUUUGAGUUCAGAGAUUUGAAACCGAAAGAGUUCAAUGACAUUGCUCGUUUCGAAGAUGAGUUAUUUACCGAUAAAAAUGAACAGAGGCUAAGGAGGGUCAUUCAAGGAUACGAAAAAGAUAAUUUCCAUGAUGUUGUACCUACAUGGAUGACAACUUUUUGUUCGAUGGAUGGCCUCAAACAUCGACAUGUUGGUAUCGCUUUUUUACGCGAACCUACUAAUUUUGGAUUAUGUUUCGAAGAAGUAUCUGUCAUAGUGCUUGUGUUGUCUCCAAAAGCCGAAAAACAAACCAAAUCUGCAUAUGAAACAUGUCGAACAUUUGCUACAAUUUUGAAAGAUGAUAAGCUUCGCUUAGAUUGCUCUAGAAUGCACGAUGCUGUCAAGAUAAAAGAGCAUUUUCUUGAAAAAGCUAAAACGCUCUGUUCCGAAGAAUAUGGUUUGCUGCUCGAUGAGCUAACUGACAACCAAUCCAAGGCAAAGUGUAUAUACUUUCCUGGCAAAGGAGUGAUUCAGGACAUCCGACGUCGGGUUGGUGUCUAUAAAUCCGAUUUCACUGAUGGUUACAAAGAUGCUCUUUCGAUCUCGAAAACCAUUUCCGCUGCUGUAUUUUUGUUAUUUACAAUCCUACCUACUUCGAUAGCGUAUGGUAUGCUGAAUGAUGAGAAUACAGAUGGGCUUAUAAAUGUUCAAAAAGUUAUUCUGGGACAGUGGAUUGGAGGGUUAGUGUUCGGCUUGUUUGGUGGGCAAGCGUUACUUAUUAUAACGACCACUGCUCCAUUGAGCAUAUACGUCUCAGUUAUCUAUCAAAUUGCUAAUGAGAAGAAUUAUGAUUUCUAUACGUUCUAUUGUUAUGUCGGAAUUUACUCUCAAAUCUUAUUGAUCGGAUAUGCCAUUUUCCAAGUUUCAGACUUGAUAUCGCGUGCAAAAAGGUCAACAGAAGAAACAUUUGCCUUGUUCAUAUCAGGAGCUCUGACAUUCAAAGCCUUUCGAGCCAUCAUCACAACUCACGUCGCAAGUUAUCACGAAUGCACUCAGAACGUAACCAGUGUUAUUAACGCAAAUUCCUGUGAUCCAUCUCAAAGUCUGCUGUUCAUUCUUCUUGUCUUUGGAACCUUAUGGCUCAGUUUGACGUUCUCAUCUUUUCGCCACAGCGUUUAUCUUACACAAACCAUCAGAGGUUUGGUAUCCGAUUACUCAUUACCCAUCGGAGUGAUAAUCAUGGCUAUUAUUGGAAAUGUCAUGUUUUAUAAUGUGAACAAAUCUACUUUUCCGUAUUACCCGAACACAACUGAUAUUCAUUGGGCUCAGUUGGAUAACUUUUCUGGCAACAGUCAUCUCAUGGCUUUCCUUCUAUCCGUUCCACUCUCUCUGCUCUUUCUAGUUGAUCAGGUGCUCGUCACUAAAACUAUCGACAAUAAACAGAAUAAUUUGAAAAAGGGAUCUUCAUAUCAUUGGGAUCUGAUCAUAGUUGCUGUCAUAAACAUUCUAUUAUCUUUCAUUGGACUACCAUGGAUGCAUGGAGCUUUACCUUCAGCUUUUCUUCACCUAAAGGCGAUGUCUGAUGUUGAACAUCGCUUUCAUAACGGCUUUGUGCAAGAAACGAUCGUUCAUGUACGCGAGACACGUCUAGCCGUUCUUAUCUCACAUCUACUCAUGAUACCGAUAUAUAUAUGGCUGGUUCCAUAUAUGAGUACCUAUCUCCCUGUUUCUCUUUUUCAUGGAUUGUUCCUGUUCAUGGCGGUAUCUUCUCUCACUGGAAAUGAGUUUUUUGAAAGACUGAAGUUAUUGAUAACUGAUCAGAGAUCAUACCCACCAACCCAUUACAUUCGUUAUUUGCCGCAAAGAGUUAUCCAUUUGUUCACUACUUUCGAAAUUAUGCAACUAAUCGUUCUGUACGUGUUUGGAUUCUACCCUCUUCCCUAUCUGCAAAUGGCUUUUCCAGUUGUUAUAGUUCUAUUCAUACCAAUAAGACACUUUUUACUGCCUGCGGUCAUCCAUAACAGUCAUCUAGAAUCAAUUGACCAGAUACAUUAA